AUGAAUCUAGCAAGUUAUUCUUACUUCUCUGGCAUGUGCAACAUGACCGCAGAGCACUCGCCCGCCGAGGCAAGUCCUGUGGUCAUGUCUCCAAAUAUGAGCCUGGACUCUCCUCUGCCUCCGCCGCCUCUGAUGCUGCAGGCGCGGUCGAAGGACGGUGUUUUGAUCAAGUCUGAGCCGCGGGGGAGCAGUCCCAGCACGGAGGAUGGAGCCGCGCUGGUGCAGACGGAGGACCACCUGCCCACGGGCAGUCGCCGCAGGAAGAGGCCAGUCCAGAGGGGGAAGCCCCCCUACAGCUACAUCGCUCUCAUCGCCAUGGCCAUAGCCAACUCCCCGGAGAGGAAGCUCACCCUGGGGGGGAUUUAUAAGUUCAUCAUGGAGCGCUUUCCUUUCUACAGGGAGAACUCCAAGAAAUGGCAAAACUCGAUCCGCCACAACCUGACCCUCAACGACUGCUUUGUGAAGAUACCCAGAGAGCCCGGGAGGCCGGGUAAAGGAAACUACUGGACAUUAGACCCCGCAGCUGAGGACAUGUUUGACAACGGAAGCUUCCUGAGGAGGAGGAAAAGAUUCAAGCGCACAGAUGUGAGCACAUAUCCUGGGUACAUGCAGAGUUCCAGCGCCUUCACCCCAACACCAAUGGGAAGGCCAUCGUACCCCAACACGCUGUACGCAGGGAUCGGGUCCGGCUAUGGCUCACAGCUGACCACCGCAUCCCCUCAUCCGGCCAUGUUGCAUCAUUACCAGACCUCCACCGGAGUGGGCCAGGGACAGCCGCGCAUGUUUAGCAUUGACAACAUCAUUAGUCAGCAGACGGUGGUCCAGGGCGGACCGGGUGGAGAUCUCAACUCGCAAGGUCUGGGGCUGGGCGGAGGAGACCUGGGCUCCAUGAGCUCCAGCUGCUCGGUGGCGGUCACAGACCCGUCGACGUGCUUCCAGACCCAGACUGUCAACCCUUCGGCGAACAUGCUGGGCAGAAACGCUGGCAGCCUGUCAUCCAACCUGACUGCAGGGUACCCCUACUCUUCUCCGGGCUCCCCUCCAAACCUGACCACCAUGAGCCAGUCCGGGUUCUCCCCGGGGAGCUCUCAGGUGUACUGUUCGGGCAAUCGGCUGUCACUGCCCGCUCUGCGCCCCAGCUCCUGUGCGGAGCACACGGAGCAGCUGCUGGGCCUCUCCAGCCCCAUGAACUCCUACAACAACACCUACAUGAGGCAGGCCAACUUUGCUUCAGGGCUGGAGCGCUACAUGUGA